CCUUCAUAUGAUUUUACCUUCAUACUCCAGCCCCACUGUUCAUAAAAUCCUAGCAGAAGCAGUAUAGUUUAUUGUUGUAAAUGUCCCAUUUGUACAGAGAGUGUGCAGCUUUCAAAGAGUUUAAUUAAAUGUUCAUCUUAUAUAUUUUGGUUGCAUUUGUGAGUUAUUAAAAAUGUAACUGCUUGUGUAAACUAGGCAAUAUCAAAAUAUUGAUUAAAUUAAUCGAAUCGCAAACAUUUUCGAGGUAUCUGCAAAUAUCGAAUCGCUGGUGGAAAAAAACUAUAUUGCAUCGUAUCGUGAUGAACUGUCCGAUUUGGUCACACUUCGGGAGGACGGACGAUGCCACACACACAGAGUUAAGUGAACUGAUGAUUUCAUACACGGGUGAACAAACGAUGGGUGAUAAUCCAACAGUCAACAUCCAAGGUUCACAGGGAAAGACCAUGUUUUAAGAAGUUCUUUACUGGAAUGUGCCUUGGAAUGAUAAGCUUUCUGGUGAUAUGGUCUUUUGUGUUUAAAGAAAGAGAGAAACAACCUCAACGCAGCUUUUUGUCACAGUCACCAAGAAUCUCAUUUUACUCUGAAUUUGGAAUCAGUUCAGAACGUUACUCCAGUUUACAGCAGGCUCUCUACUGGGCUGGACCAGACAGAUCAAUUACAAAUGUGUCCAUGAGUACAAGUCCCGCUCACUCCACAUUCAUCAUUCACAACAUGAAAGACAGCUACCAAAUAGGAGAGUUGCUUUAUGUUACCAUCCAUGCGAGAGAUUUUAACAGUAAUCCCAAACCUUAUGGAGGGGUCUUCUUUCAAGCCAAGCUGUUCUCAUCCAAAACUCCAAAAGAGGCCAGUGUGUUUGGGGUGGUGGACUUGCUCAACGGCUCUUACUCUGUGCGCUUUCUUCUGCCGUGGGUGGGACAGGCACAGGUGCUGUGCGUCUGAUCCACUCCAGUGAAGCUGUGCAGGUCCUCAAUCAUCACAAAGAAACUAAUUCUGACAGAGUGUCUUUCCUCGGAUACUUUGAAGGACCUGGGGAUAAUGGAAAUAGGCUAAAAGAAACCGUAAAGUGCAAUGUGAAGUGGGAGAAGAAUGGACUGGAGAGGAUAAAAAAUGGAAAUUGCUGUUGUGAAUACAAAGAUUCUCACACUGGAGAGGAAUGGCGCUGCCAGAAACCUAAAUCUCUGCCAUGCGGUGCUCGAGUAUACCACUCCUUUGGAGAGUACAUCAACUUUAU